AUGCAGUCUCUUGCCCAGGAAAUAAAGACAUUUUCCAAGACCAAUUUGAGAAAACAAUGCACCCGCAUGACAACAUUGAGUGGCAGGAGGAUUAUUGAGACAUGGAAAGGGUCAACUAUUCAUGUCGUAGAAGAUAAAACUCAGCCUGAGAAAGCAUGCGGCUAUGUACAGGACAACAGCUGGGACUUACAAGUUGGAGUUAUUAAACCUUAUUUAAUAUUAGGCUCACAAGAUGCUGCACAUGACUUUGGCACUCUAAGAUAUUGUUUAAUGUAAUAGAGACAUGUGUCCCACAUAUUGAAUGUAGCCUAUGGUGUUGAAAACGCCUUUCCAGACCUGUUCAUUUAUAAAACACUGAGCAUUCUGGAUGUGUCUGAUACUGACAUAACAUCCUAUUUCCAAGAGUGCUCAAAAUUCAUAGACCAAGCAAAUAAAGAGAAUAGAGUUGUGUUGGUUCACUGCAAUUCUGGAGUCUCGAGGUCCGCCUCGGUUGUCAUUGGAUACCUGAUGUCCAGGGAAGGGAAGCCUUUUGAUGACGCAUUUGCCUUGGUAAAAUCAGCCUGGCCAGCCACAUGCCCAAACCCAGGCUUUGUCGAACAGUUGAAAGGUUUCAAACCUAAAUGGGGCACACAAGCCAAUGGUAGGGACUAUGAAUGAGCAACAACAGCAACACCUGCAGCGCCAGAGUAAUGCAUUUCAUCAUCAGCCACUGUUUCUCAUAAAGAGAUCAUUCUGAUAAAGAUCCUUGGCUGUGUCCGAAAUAGCACUCUAUUCCCUAUACAGUAUGGUGCACUG